AUGUCUUUCCUGAACCCACCGACUGCAAUGCAGCCCAGUGCCCCAUACACAAACGCUACGUUCGCCUUUCAGUUCAUGAGAACUCGAGAGGAAGUCACCUUACAAAACUUUUACUUUCAGCGAAAAGGCAAACAGGAUCCGUGCAGACACCUGGAGAGAUUUUACUCUGAUAUCAACCCACCGCCUGUCCCGAAGAAGAGGUUACAUCGUGCUUUAUCCCUCCCGCCCACCCAUGUGCCUUCGUUGCCUCACACGUCACCCCUCUCUCCUCUGCAAAGAUUCCCACAGAACUUUGACAAUCCGCUGUACAUGAUGGCACCCAAACAAGAUCUUUUUUUCUCAGAGGAGCUAGAAGAGUUUAAACCAUGCACGAGCAGUCCUGUCUCCGUAGCGUCCUUCUCCCAGCUGUCGUUUGACACUCCGGACGAAGAUCUUCCCUACAUCUUCCACAGCUUUGUCGACCAGGGGGUUGUUUCUCAUGGGAUUCAGCAUCGCCAUCUACUCUUUCUUAGAAGCAUGGCACAGACUGUGGAGGCAAGGAAUCUGCUAGAGGGCUCUAAAAGGGAUGUGAGCUCAUACCAGCCUCAGGAUUUCCUCUUGCAUGAGGGCAGCCAGCCAAAGCAGAUUGGAAACAUGACUUACUACAGCCUGCACAGCCCAAAGUUCCCACAGAGAGUGCUCGGUUUAAGGGUACACAAACAUACUGAUGAGGUUUUCUCCGCUCAAAUCCAGCGGCAGCCACCGCACGUCAACGUGCAAGAUGUUAUUACUUAUUACCCAUCCAGCAACAGCUACAGAACCAGUGAAACUCGAGAUCCUGCAGCAGGCUUUCCUAACCCAAGGUCAGACUGCACUCCUGCUAAUCCACCAGGUGGGAGCAGCACUGAGCAUGCAGCAGAAGCCACAAGCCUCAGCAAGCUCACAGUUCAGUUUUUCCUCCAGAAAGGCCAGGCCGUGAGCGUGGAAAGAGACCUGCCACACGCCAGCCUGGACGUCUUUGUUAAAGACAGCAGCUCGCUGCAGAGCACAGACUCUGUGCGUUAUUAUAGACAGGUGUGUGCUCUGUUGCUGCAGAUAUUAAUGGGUACGCACCAUCUAUACAGUAAGAGAGGCACUGCAGCUGAGCUCAAACCCCAGGAGAUCCUUCUAGUGUGGCCCGAUGGGAAGAGGGACAAGGCAGAAAACAACUUGAAUAAGGACGCCUCUGAGGAGAAGGAAGAAACGGAGUGGGAAAACACUCCAGAAAAAGGGAGGAUUCAGACGUUAUGGAGGACAAGAGGCUGUCCUCGUGUGGUGCUAAAGCCACAGAUUUCCUCUCAACCCCUAACCUCCAUCAAAUCUCAAAUUACAGCUUUAAUCCAGGCCUGCUGGCAAGAGAGCGCGACAUCUCUGGGUUCAGUACCAGAUGUUUGCAAAUCCUCCUACCAAAAAGGGCUUCUUCAUCUGUCCUCUCUGCUUGAGAGCGACAGCGGGGCUCAAAUGGUGGACAUGGUAGCCAUGCUUCAGGUGCUCCUUUGGGGCCCACACGUCUCUAUCUUCAACCAUGGAGGCCCUGCAACCACCGUUAUACAUAACUGGCUGACAGUCAAGCGGGCACUGCUGGUUAUGAAGUUGGCCGAAAAGGGGCUGAUCGAGGAUCGGUCUCUUCUGGACUGGGAGGACUGUAUGUGCUUGCAGUAUCUGUCCUUUACAGACUCUGAAACAGUUGCGAGUGUGGCCAAUGAGCUGUGGCACAGAGUGAACACUGAGCAAAGUUUAUAGUCGAUAUCAAAGGAGUCCGUCGUUAUCAACCGACUGAAAGUGAAAAACAGUCCAGAUUGAGGAAUAAUCCACUUCAGUGCAUUCGCCUUUAUCAGCUGUUCAUGUGCUGCACUUCAUAAUGUAAAACUAGUCUAUUAAAAAGACUCCACUGGUUUAAAAAAAAAAGAGGCUGUUUUGUCAGCUUCAUCUGACUCUUGUGUCAGUUUUUGUCUGUGCACUUUACUUCUCUCUAGUUAUUGGGUGGGUUUCAAGUUUAAAAAAAAAAAAAAGGUGUGAAGGUGGGGCAUGGUUUCUGUUCUCAAGACCUUGACAAAAAUACUGUGUGACUUCAUGCAAGCUGUUGACUUUCUGAAGGGGAUCAACCUUAUUCCCCGUAUCCCAAAUCAAGACGUUACGAAACGCAGCCAGGAGCUUACACAACUACUACUGGCUCUAGCUUUGGCUAACACAACUAAAUGCUUUCUCCUUUUGGAGGCUGUAAUUAUGUUUCAUGACACCACAGAAACCACAGUUUAAGGUGAGCACUUUUAUUUAGUACAGUUACAACAUGCAUGCCUCUAUCAAGUGUAUCGAAACAAAUUAAAAUCAUGCACACAUUAAAAAAAAAAAUAUCAACAGGAGAAUCAACUGAAAUCUAUAUGAAAACAUUUCUAAUUACAUGAGUAAGCUCAAUUUAAACUCAUCAUAAAUAUAUUUGAGAUGAUGAGGGUUUAGAGAGAACGAGCAGGAAGCCAACACUACACAUCGGGGAAAGUAUCACAGCAGUAAGGAUGCAUUGCCCAAAUAUUACGUGUCGCUUGAUUUACAUUCCUGACAUAUUAACAUCUUACCCUAGUGCAAAUCGUAAUGAAACACAGCACGUGGCAGGUAAAACACACCUCAACCAUACUGAGCUUGGAUGACAUUUUUAAUAAACAAAAUUAUAAAGAUGUGGUUGUGGAUUGAAAUAAAAAACAAAACAAAAAAAAG